CGGAUAUUUGAGUGGCUUGUUACCUGUUCACUCAAGCUUGGUGUUUUUUGUCCAGGUUAUCCCAACGUGUUCUGUUUUAUUAUGGAUGAUACUGAUCCGUAUUUUUGUAUGCAAGAUGAAGUUUUCAAAAAUUUGCAGCUUGCCAAAACUCUUUACGAAGAUUGGAGAGGCGGAUCAAAUCCUGGUGAUCAGAAAUUAUUGACUAAAAUCCGUCAAACAAUCAAGAAUAUAGAAUGGGAUUUGAUGGAUCUUCAGGAAACUAUUGGAGCAGUGGAAAAUAAUCCUAUAAAAUUUCGUCUAUCCGAUAAUGAUAUAUCAGCAAGACGUCAAUUUUUAACAGAAGCAAAAAAUGUAGUAAAGAAUGUGAAAAAUUGUUUAAACUCAUCAGAUAAUGGCAGCAAAAGAAACGAUUCGCCUAUUGAUUUCACAGUUCAUAUCGCACCGCGUCCAUCAUCAUCACCACCCUCAACGGUGUUAUGUAAUGGAGAUUUGAAAGUGAAUGAUCAAACAACAAAUAAAACACAAUCUAGUAAACGAAUAAAUUCUCAUAUAAAAAAGUCAUCACCAUCAUCAAACAUCUAUUCUAUACAUUAUGAUCCGUUAACAGAACAGAAACAAUUAUUAUAUGAACAAGACAAUCGAUUGGAUCAAUUAGGUACAACCAUAUCGAAUUUAAAAGGAAUGUCGCAGCGUAUCGGUGAUGAAUUAGGUGAUCAAGUUGUUCUGUUAGAUGAUUUCAAUAAUGAAAUGGUUAGUACAGAAUCAAGGCUUGAUUCAGUAACUAAACGGACAGCACGUUUACUACACUUAAAUACUGAUCGUCGUCAAUGGUGUGCUAUUUUCUCUUUGCUAAUCACACUCAUUGUUAUAUUGAUUUUAUUUAGUGUCCUAUAAUUGUUAUCCUAAAUAAAU